CACCACAGCAGGGGUUGUUUCUUUGACUGGAAGAUAUUUAAUUGGAUGAUUUUACAAUUUUUUAAGAGAUAGGUAAGAGAAUUAUGAUUAAAACCUAGUCACUUAAGUCUGAUGUAAACUUUUAUUUCCUUUCUUUUUUUUUCUUUAAUAAGACUGUUGACUUGAGGAAGAUAUCAAUACUGAUUUAAGCUAAUUCUACACCAGCAGUAAGUAAGCUUUUACUUUUUAAAGUGUUUUAGACAAAAGUCUGUUUAAAUUUAUUCUCUCUGUUUAUAUAUAACCGAGUAUACUUGGGCUCAAACUUUGCUAUGGAUCGCCUGAAGCUCGUUCUGCAAUAUUUCCAAUCAAAUUCCGAGUCCAUCUCCAAUGGUAUCUGUGUGAUCUUAGCACUUGUAAGUGUGAAGCUCUACACAAGUUUUGAUUUCAACUGCCCGUGUAUACCUCAGUAUAACAAACUGUACGCUCUGGGGGUCAUGUUUGUGCCCCCUGUUAUACUCUUCCUAUUGGGAGUAAUGAUAAAUCGGCAUACUGGAGUGAUGAUGGAAGAAUGGGCCAGACCACCAGGCCAGAGGACAAAAAAUCCAGCUGUUAUAAAAUAUUUGUUCUCAGCUAUGCUGCAGCGAGCCCUGUUAGCCCCCAUGGUGUGGAUCCUGGUGACUCUGCUGGAUGGAAAGUGUUUCAUUUGUGCGUUCAGCAUGAGUGUGGACCCCAAACACUUCACUGGCUUACCCAACAACACUGGUUUGGAUCUGGUUAAGAUCCUGGCCAAGGUGCCCUGCAAGGAGGACAUCAUCUUCAGAAACAGCAGUUUUCGUAAAGCAGUCUCACGCUAUGUGCGCUGUUACUCCCAAGCAAUAGGCUGGUCCAUCCUCCUCUUCCUUAUUCUGCUGGGUGCUGUGGCUCGGGUCAUCAAACCAUGCUUUAAUCAUGCCAUCUUCCUCCAGACACGUUACUGGAGCAAUUACCUGGACAUUGAGCAGAAGCUCUUUGACGAGACUUGUGUUCUUCAUGCCAGAGAGUUUGCCAGAAAAUGUGUAGUGCAAUUCUUCGAGGGCAUGCAUGAUGACAUGAAUCUCAGACUGCCACUUCCACACACUCUCAGAUCCAGAAAAGGUAACAGCGAAUACGAGGAAGAGGAGCGACUGCAUGGUAUAACCAGAAAGGAUCAGAUGGAUCACUUGCUUCAAACCUGGUACCAAUGCAGACCAGAGCUGGAUGUGACCAAGGAAGCCUAUAAGCCCAGUGUGUGCAUUACCUGGGAGGAUCAUAAGGGUCACAUUAUUUACUCAGAUGUGUGAAUUAAAAAAAAAAAAUAAAGAUUUGUGUUUGUUUUAUAAUUGUUUGUGUAUCUUUAGUCUACGAUGGUGUGAUCCUCUGUGUUUAUUGGAAAUAUAAAUAUUAAGUAAGUUACAUUUCUGUUUGUGGAGUAAGAAAAUUAUAUCUUAAUUCAUUUUAU